ACAAACCCCACUGUAUCACAGCAUAUCGAUCAGCACCAGCUCUUAAGGAGCCGAACUGCUUGAAACAGACCUCAACAUUGAAGCUUGCAUUUUCCCUCUCUCACUGCCCGAUCAAACACAAGCUACCGUCGGGUUCGCCCGGCCGCAUCCGAACCCUCACCGGUGAAAGCUUGCCUUCAACACACCUCAUUAUAUUUUGAUCAAUCAGUCCAUCAGCCACCAUGCUCGACAUAUAUUGGGCUGACCACAAAAGGGAGCGCGUUGGUGAUAGGAAAAUUAGAAAGGAGCGCGAGGAGCAGGAGGCCAAGGCGAAGGUGAACGAGGGGGACGGGAAGAAGCAUGAAAGCUUGCGCAGUUCGGUUUCCAUCACCAGCUCCGCCUCGAGUGAAAAAGCCUUUGGGCUCUUUUCAAACAAGGGCCGGAGAAAACUUGCGGCGUCAUCAAGCUUCGACUAUACCACUGGCCCACCAUUGUCACCGACUGAGAGCCCCAGAGGUAGGAGCGAGGCCGCGCAUGGCGUAAACAGGCUUCUCUCACACAAGGGUACUUCAGAAACCUCUAAACCACAUGGUGAUGGGGCCUGUCUACCUGUUCAACAACCUCAAUCUGUCGAUGUCCAUUCCAGUCCUUCACCAAGAGAUUCUAUAUUUUCAAAACGAACUCAGCUGUCGCUUGCUACUGCAAGUACACUGGACGGCUCUCCACCUAGAAACUCCGUUUCAGGCAAGUCAGAACACGUCAUGCAGACUUUGGGCCCCUCAUCUUUUGUGGUGAAGACAACCCAAGUUAUGGUUGCGCCUCGAAGCAUGGACUGCGAUAUUGAUCACUUGGUGUCGGAAGUAAACAUAUCUUCGGAUCGUAUCAAAGCUCCUAUGCCCCCAUCGGAAAGUAUUCCUGAAGAAGGAACACCAAUGCCAUUUGAUGGUUCGGAUUCGGCUCUUCUUCUCACUAGACUUUCGCAAACGCCACCACCUCUGGAAGCCCUUGGUGUCGCUGACAGAUCCAUAGCGGCGGAGGGAAUUCUUGAACUAUCCAAUCUCGAUCCUUGGAAACCUCAUCAUCAAUGGGAUCGUGCUCAGCCCCAAGAUAUUCCAGGGUCUUUCUUCGAAAAGAAAACUCAGAGCCCUGCAGCAUCCAAUCAUUACAUAUCGCCGAACCUCUCAGCACUACAACGAGAGAUUCACAUGAUGGCAGCAGCGAGCCCUGAACUCAUGCUUGCCAACCUCAGGUCGGAAAUGUUUGAAGCGUCUGACUCUAGGGUAUAUAAGGAGCUAGAGAUGACGAAAAAGAGAUGGAUGUUCUCCGCUCUACAUUACGGUGCGAAACUUGACCAAGGAAGCUUCAUCCCAGGGUUCCAAAAAUCAUCUCGAGUGGCUAGAGUUCUAGCAAUAUACGAGACUCAUGCGUCGGCUACAUUCCUCGCGGCACUCUAUCCAGCAAUCAAGAUAUAUCAUCUGUCGCCAAGUCCCAUCUCCCCAAAUCUUUUCCCAAAUAUCCAACCGAUCCUAGUCCCCGCGAUCACAGUAACGGCUGCCUCGCGACCGCUUCCACCUCAGCUAUUCUCAUCAGUCAUAUGUUUGUCGAUGCCAUCGUUGUUUUCUUCUAUGGAUAUUCCCCCGCUCCUGCGAAAUGUUCACCGUUGCUUGUCGGGAGGUGGAGCGCUCCACUUGAUGAUUGUAGACCCGGAACCAGUCCCCAGUUCAAUGGGACCCAAGUUGCGACAAUGGCUAAUUGAAAACCUACUGACAAACCUCGAACAAACAUUCCGUACAACGUUGCCAAGCCGGACUCUCCCUACCUGGUUAGCAGUGAGUCGACUACGCGGAAAGGGCAGCACGAUUAUGUCUCUAUCCAUCCCAGCGGUUUCGGAGAGCUUUGCCAAGAUCAGGGGUGUUAAAGACCCUGGUCCAGUGAAGGCAGAGUUGCGAUGCGAGACCAUAAGGAUGCUUUGGAGAGAGGUUUGGGGCAGUUUUGUACAUGCUAAAAGAUGGUGGUGGGAAGAGGAAGAAAUUCUUGAGGAGUGUGCCAUAUUCGGCACAUACUGGGUGUACUCGCAUGUCAUCGCAGUCAAGGAGGACUGACAAGCACUGCUUUUAUAUCACUGAUGAACCUCUGUCCUCGAGCACAACGCGCGUUCCUUCUCCAGCUUUCUUGUAUUUCGGAUGCACAAAAUGAUGGAUUGUCUUCAUGGUCGUUGUCAAUUGCCCUACAUCCCUAGUUAAUAG